AUGUUCAGAGCCGCAAAAGCCACGGGCACCGACUACUUUGGAUGGGACGAGCGCAAGGCCCUUGAGGCGAUCGUCAAAGCCGUCGCGAUCUAUCCACGCCUUACCUUGGACUUCGUCGCGAAGGAUUACUUGAGCGCCAAGCGCAACUUGAGGAAGAAGAAAUGGUCCUUGACGAAGCGCAACAGGUUGGUCCUACGGAUGUAUGGCGACGACGACAUCGCGGCCUUGGCCAUCUACAAUCAGAUCAAACCGAGACACAGACAACGCAUACUGGCUGAGAUUCGCCAUCGGGAGCGCCAGAAGAAAGCGUUGGCUGGUGGGUUUCAGGAUAAGGAGGGUAUGUGA